CAAUUCUUUUGGUUGCACAGAGAAAAGGGGACACACAAAAGUGACGGACCGUUAUUGCGAUGAAACGUUAUACAAAAUAAGUGAAAGGUAAAAUAACACGCGAGGUUUCCAUGAAAGAGAUUUUCUCAUCCAAGAGGUUUUACAUUAAAUUGUAAAAACUAAUUGGUCGUUUAAAAGAAACAAACAGGGGAAGUUGGCAGUAGGCUGAGCUUUUCUUAGUGAACCAUCGUUAGCUCCUGGGAAGACGGUGGCUAAGUGACACCGCGGUUAAUGAUGUGGGGAGAGAUCGACCCUCCUGUUAAAACACAGCCAAGCUUGUGUGAGACUGAAGACGAGAGGAAAAUAGAAGAGAUAAUACUGCCACGGAGACGGAGAUGUGACUCCAGCAGCUCUGAAGACACCCAGCGGGUGGUGCAGGACAUCCAGAAUAUAAACCUGAGCGAGUCCAGCUGUGUGAAUGCCAUGAUGGAGGCCAUAGCUGUGAGCGGCGUCUUGGUGAAGAGCCAGCAGAUCGGAGAGGCUGAGCUGACCGUGCAAGAGCGCAGAGAGGAGCUGCUGCAUCAGUACCGCAGCAGGCCGCUGGUGUUCCUGGAGAGGUACCAUGCUUGCCUGAAGCCUCAGCAUCUCUCAGCAUUUGCACAUGUCAGCUCAGACCCACGAGCACAGCACUACAGCAAGGUGAUACAGAGACGGGCUGCAGGACGCACCGACAGGACCAGAGUCAGGAAUCAGCGCUAUGCUGCCCUCAGGGCUCUGCAGAAGGACGGCCAGUACUUCAGUGAAGAACAGAUGCGAAUGAGGGAGCCGCUGCUGUACGAACAGUAUAUCGGCCAGUACCUGACAGAUGAAGAGGUGCUACAGCGCUCCCAGGAGGCCAUGCUGGAUGGUGCACAGGGAGGACCCGGAGAGCCGGGGCAAGGUACAGGAGGACUCGCCAAUCUGCUCCUCAACUCCUACCAGGAACGACUCAUCCAAAAUCGUCUGCAGGAGGAGCAGGAGAAGGAAGACGGCGCACUGGAGGAAGAAGAGGAGGACGACGACUACGAUGACAGAGACCAGCAGAAGGAUUGGGAGCCGACGCCAGAGGAGAAGGCUCUUCUCAGAGAGGAGUUCAUCAGUCAGAUGCACCAGCGUUUUCUGGAUGGCAAAGACAAGGAUUUCAACUAUAGGUCAGUCACACAGUCAGUUCCUCUCGCACUCAAUGAUCCUUCUCCUAUCGCACUUGGGGCUAUGUACCCAAUCUCGGGUGGGCGUGAUGAUAACUCCCCCCUGACCUGGCGUCCUGACUCCUCCUUGCCGUAG